AAAGUCAGUUAAUCUAUUGCCAGCUCAACAUAUAGACACCGCCAACAGAUGUUGGCAGUGUGGAAAAUCGAGUGAGCGCAGUUAGAAGCCAAAUCCCAGUUGUUUUGGUGAAGAAAAUCGCAGGACUUCCAGAAAAUGUCGCGCCUCCUGUUCGUGGCACUGCUGGCCAUUAGCCUCGGUUGUGUGGCGCCCAGCAGCAGCAACCACCUGCCAUCGGGAUUGGCCGUGGAUCUGGGGCCAGGUGUGAAUCUCAACGAGCGCUUCUUCGACCAAGUGCGUGCGCUCAUCAAGCGGAGGCUCCAGGAGAAGGGUCUCGCGAAGCCGGAGCAGCCGGAUCUGACAUUACCCUUGGCGGACGAUGAUGCGGUGGCCCUGCAGAACCAACGCAGCUACGACAAUGUGCCCCUUCCGGCGGCCAGUGUACCGACCCCUGUCCUCGUCGAGAACUGGCCCACCGAGCAGCACAGCUUUGGCCAGGUCACCGCCGUUGCCGUGGAUCCACAGGGAAAUCCGGUGGUUUUCCACCGUGCCGAGCGCUACUGGGAUGUAAAUACUUUUAACGAGAGCAAUAUAUACUACCUUAUCGAAUACGGGCCAAUUAAGGAGAAGACCAUCUACGUGCUGGACGCGAAGACGGGAGCUAUUAAAUCGGGAUGGGGAUCGAACAUGUUCUACAUGCCACAUGGCAUGACCAUCGAUGGACAUGGCAAUUACUGGAUCACAGAUGUGGCCAUGCAUCAGGCCUUUAAGUUUAAGCCAUUUAGCAACAAGCCACUGCUCACAAUUGGCAAGCGAUUUAGGCCCGGAUCAUCAGUCAAACACCUGUGCAAACCCACAUCCAUUGCAGUGGCCACAACCGGAGAGUUCUUUAUCGCCGAUGGCUACUGCAAUAGUCGCAUACUCAAGUUCAAUGCCGCUGGCAAGCUGUUACGUACGAUUCCCCAGCCACCCGAAUUCCUCUCAUUGCAGGUUCCACAUGCGAUUACAUUGCUUGAACACCUGGAUCUUCUGUGUAUUGCUGAUAGGGAAAACAUGCGCGUAGUCUGCCCCAAAGCUGGAUUGAUAUCCUCACAUGGCGAGGGUGAACCGGCAGCAACCAUCCAGGAACCGGACUUGGGACGCGUCUUUGGGGUCGCCAGCUAUGGUGAUAUAGUGUUCGCAGUGAAUGGACCCACCUCCAUGCUGCCCGUGCGGGGAUUCACCAUUGAUCCGCGCUCAGAGACGAUCAUCGGGCACUGGGGAGACUUCAAGAACCCGCACUCCAUGGCGGUCAGUGUCAACGGAUCGGCGCUGUAUGUGACCGAGAUCGGAACCAACCACCAGACGAAUCGAGUGUGGAAGUAUGUGCUGGCCUGAGCCUAAUCCGAAUCCCUCUACUAGGUCCGACUUGCACUGCGCUCCUGCAUAUCCUUAGAUCCAUAGAUUCCACUCAAUUAGUUAUCAGCGAAAACAGAUUGAAAAACGCACACAGAAUCAGACGCCUAAUCAGAUACAGAUAAUACAGAACCUAAGCAUAAGCAGAGCCCAAACCAAGUACAGUUUAACGUGACUCAUCGUCAGAUCAAUAGAGAAUAGUAAGUGCUUAAGUCAUGUACAAGUUAAGUAUGUAAAUUGCUUGGAAAACAAUACCACAACAAACAUAACCUCAGACUCUUAUGUUUUGCACUGUAAUGAGCAAACGAAAACGAAAUUACAAAGCAGCUUAAAUAGUACAUAUACUUAAAUGUAAUAGUUAUGCGUAGGCACUAACUAGGCACGAAUGUGAGGAUGUGGGGAUGUGUGAGCAUGGAUAACCGAUUCCGCAGAUAACCGGGGGCAACCAGCGCAUAUAAACAUACUUGUGUAUCAUAUUGUAACCUAUAUCAAAUAUAUAAUCGUAUCUGUAUCUUAUCAACUUAUAGUAGCCCAUGUAAAAUAUGUAUGUAAUAAACUGUUGUUGUUGUGACGUGAA